AUGCACCAUGACACUUGUAUGCGCUCUGAUCAUGCCAUUGUCGUCACAUAUUUCUCCAUCUACCUGGGACAGCGAGAUAAGCAUGCCAACGCAGGUAGCAAAAGAACGAUGGACCCUUUAUCAAUAGCGACAGGUUGCGCCACUCUUAUUUCGACCAUCGGCACGCUCUCACUGUCCAUCAACUCCUUUGUUCGCACCUGUCGCGAGGCUCGGGGGGAUCUUGACCGAGUUGCACGAGAGCUGCUCUCCCUGCAAACAGUCCUUGAACUUAUCCAAGAAGAUGUGACUGAUGAGAGCAAGACACUUCCCACGACUCUCGAACGCCAUGUUUCGGGUAUCGUGACAAACUGCAACUCAGUAGUUGUAGAGCUACAAGAGUGUAUCACGAAGUAUGGCGGUGAUAAUCGACUCAAAUCCAAGGCUGGUUGGGCUAUCAAUGGACAAGGAGAUGUCGCAAAAUUGCGCUCAAACCUUGAGGCUCACAAGGCGGCAUUAGAGUUAGCUCUAGAUAUGUUAUCGCUGCUGACCAACACAUGUAGGCACCAACGAUUGCCGAAACAAGGAGGAAACGACUAUAUCCUUCAAAACUUUCUUGAAGAAAUGACGACAUAUACUAAGAAGGCCUUAGAUGGCGCAUCUAUCGACGGAGGAGACUCCAGCACAAGAGCGCCGUCUUUUGUCCUUGAGAGAGAAGAAGGGAGCGAUAGGCCAUCAGAUCCUGCUUAUCUUUCGGACUGGGAGCUGGAUUCUGCAGCGAGCGAUCCGGUAUCUUACAAGUUCAAGAAGAAGAGAUGGGAAGGGAAAAAACACGAGGAAAGGUUGGCGGAAACAAAACUUAAAGAAGCUCAACGUUUACUCGAGCCUUCACGACAAAACACGCAACAGCCGGUCGCUUGUCACCAUUCAGAACAUCAGGAGGCUUCCGAGGGACACGAUGAGCUUGGAGUGAAAAAAAAAUACUGGGAAAAGAAAGAGAGAGAAUGGCCAGAUCACGUACAUCAGGCAUAUUUGGGAGAGGUUCAGCGUUUGGCCACAUCAGCCCAGUCUACAUCUUCGCAAGGCGCAAGAGGAACCGGUGGAAUACAUCAUCUAGACCGCGGCCAUCAACGCCGGUUCAGACCGGGGCCUACAAAAUCUGACAGUGAUGAUGAGUACUCUCACGGUUACGAAAAGGACGAGCCUGAGGUAACGAAGGAUAUCUCAACAAAAGAAAGAAAGACUGACCACCUUCCCCUCUCCGGAUAUGAAGUUGUGUCAGAAACGCCAGAUUUCUACUACUUGGAGGUCGAGACCUUCCAUGGCAGAUUGGUAAUCAACUGGCCCAUGCCAACGGCAAUCACAGAUCUCUUGUCUGAAGAAUACUACACCGAAUCCUCCUGCAAUAGCUUCACGGCUUUGACAUGUUCAGCACAAGAGUUUCCCUCUCAGAAAGACACUCUACGACCUAAGCGAUACCUACUGCCUAGAGACAUCAAAGUUGUUUUCUACAUCCCUGUUACUACUAUGACUACUUCUGUUGUUUUUAAACGUCAAUGGGAAUUUAUCACUGCUGCAGUUGUUGGACUGACUCGCCGUUUGGAGCUCGGCGAAGACGUUCCACCGCCCUGGCAUAAUAUUAUCAUUAUCAUCGAGGGGCCUUCAAGAUGGUAUGGAAUUCACCCGGAGAUCGAGAUUAUCCUCACAGAGCUCGGUGUACUUUACAAAACAGACAACUUGGUUAGUAAAGUCGACGGCGUAUUACUGGAUCCGCCUUAUCAUAAAGACCAUUGCAAGGUCUUUGGCAAAAUGAUCUGCGGGACGAUACACGAGUCCAGCCAACUAUUCGUCCCCAGCAGGCUUGCGCCAAGAACAUCAUGGGCACUGAACCACUCCAAGUAA